AUGGUUGCGAUUACUAGCUUGCUGCUCCUGGGAUCAUUCCUUUUCAGCACGCCCUCGUAUGCGGUACAAGAGUCCUGGAGGGUGCGUGAUGCAUCUUGCCCGGAUUAUAAAACAUUCUCAACUCGCCGUCAUACUCCAGUAACAAAUGGUCCCCUGCGAUUACCGUUCCAGCGGCCAAUAUCAGAAUGUAGAACGUUCUCGUCAAAAGAGGUUGAGCGGGUGAUCAAAGAGGUGACUGGCCGUAUUCCCGACGUUGAUCUCUCUAGACUGUUUGAGAACUGCUUCCCAAAUACUCUGGACACCACAGUACGUUGGCAUGUGCCCGGGCGUUCACCCCAGUCCUUCAUCGUCACGGGCGACAUCAACGCCGAGUGGAUCCGCGACUCCACCAACCAGCUCUCACCCUAUCUCCCGCUGGCCAAGGUUGAUAACGACAUCCGCACGCUAAUUCUAGGUGCGAUUCACACGCAGGCCGAAUUCCUUACCUUCUCGCCCUACUGCAACGCUUUCCAACCUCCCGCGCAGUCCCAUCUGAAACCGUCGUCGAACGAUCAGAGCGAUAACGUCAAUCCUCCGUAUGAUCCGUCGCUGGUUUUUGAGUGCAAGUAUGAGCUGGAUUCGCUUGCGUCGUUCCUCAACCUCGCGAAUAUGUAUUUUGAGCAGACGGGCGAUGCCUCGUUUGUCGGCAGCGACCCAUACUUUCUCGAGGCGCUGAAGAACGUGCUGCAAGUACUCGACGAGCAGGCGCUUACGACUUACGACGAAAACGGCAACGACAGACGCAACCGAUACAUCUUCCAGCGCCAGACCAACGUCGGAACCGAGACCCUGGCGCUGCAAGGAGCGGGGAACCCGACGAACCUCAACACCUCGCUAAUCAGGUCUGCAUUCAGACCGUCGGACGAUGCAACAAUCUUGCAGUUUUUCAUCCCCGCGAACGCAUUUGUUGCUGUGGAACUCAAGCGGGCUAAGAAACUGCUUGCUGCUGGCGGCUAUGCCAAGAUGGCAGACGAGCUAUUUUCAAGAGGCGAGAAGAUCGAAAAUGGGGUGUGGGAGCAUGGCGUCUACGAGCACAAGGUGUAUGGCAAAGUCUUUGCGUACGAGGUCGAUGGCUACGGCAGUAUUAUCAACAUGGACGAUGCCAAUCUGCCGUCGCUGCUCUCGUUGCCUUUACUCGGCUUCGUCGACGCCAAGGACGAAGUCUACCAAAACACUCGCCGGAUGCUGCUCAGCAAGGCCGGCAACCCGUAUUUCCUCAAGGGCCCAGAGUUUGCGGGCAUAGGCGGCCCUCACAUCGGCGUGCGGUACGCGUGGCCGAUGUCGCUGCUGACUCUGAUCCGGACGUCGGACGACGACGUCGAGAUCGCGGCCGCGCUCGAUCUGGUCAAGAAAACCACGGGCGGACUAGGUCUGAUGCACGAGAGCGUGAACGUCCGGCGCGCAAGGGAUUACACGCGGUCGUGGUUUGCGUGGUGUAAUUCGGAGUUUGGAAAGACGAUUCUCGACUUGGCGGCGCGGAAGCCGCAUCUUGUGUUUGGAGAGGGGGCGGAGUCGUAUUCGAUCGACUCUGUGGCAGGUGCUUGA